CUGCGUCUGAAACGAACCGUCAGUGAAUUCAACGAUGGCAGCGCACAUGUUUGUCCUUCUGCUUUUACUGAGUGAAGCAGAGCGGUGUCGCCUCGCAGCGGCCGCAGGUCGGUCAGAGGACCGGGAGUUCAGACUCUCUGUGACUCACACAGAAGGUCUGGCUCCUGGUUCAGAUGACGAGGAUGGAGGAGGAGGAGCCAGAAGAUGGGCGGAGCCUCGCUCUCGUCGCCAGAGGAGGAGUUGGCUUUGGAACCAGUUCUUCGUCAUCGAGGAGUACAGAGGACCUGAGCCGGUCCUCAUCGGACGGCUGCACACAGACAUGGACCGAGGAGACGGUCACACUAAGUACACGCUGGAGGGCGAGGGCGUGGGCUCCGUGUUCGUCAUCGACAGCAACACGGGAAACAUUCACGUCACCAAGUCUCUGGACCGCGAGGAGAAGGACCAGUACCGUCUCAUCGCGACUGCAACUGACCGCCAGACGGGCCGAGCCCUGGAGCCGUCGUCCGCGUUCAUCAUCCGAGUGCAGGACAUCAACGACAACCCGCCCGUCUUCCCCAAGGAAGUCUACGUCGCCACGGUGCCAGAGAUGGCCAACAUCGGAACCUCCAUCAUCCAGGUGACGGCCAGGGAUGCCGACGACCCUACGUACGGGAACAGCGCGCGGCUGGUGUACGCCGUCAUGCAGGGACAGGACUUCUUCUCUGUGGACGCGCAGACAGGCGUCCUGCGGACAGUCGUGCCCGACAUGGACAGAGAGACGCGGGACGAGUAUCUGGUCGUCCUCCAGGCCAAAGACAUGGGGGGACAUGUGGGCGGAUUAUCGGGGACGACGACCGUCACCGUGAAGCUGAGCGACGUCAACGACAAUCCUCCUCACUUCAGACGCAGCGCGUGGUCGUUCUCCGUGUCGGAGCUGGCAGCUCCAGGUGUGGAAGUGGGCCGUCUCACUGCCACUGAUCCCGACCUGGGAGAAAACGCACAGCUGGAGUUUACGAUCUUGGACGCGGAGGAGGCCGAAAUAUUCAACAUAACAGGGAGAGACCAAGAGGGCGUCAUAGAGCUCAACAAGCUCCUGGAUUAUGAGACACGCAGCUCUUACACUUUCUCUGUGGAAGUGGCCAACCCUGUCGUGGACUCCCGGUUCCUGAGGAAAGGGCCCUUCAAGGACCAGGCCACGGUCCGGGUCAUGGUGCUGAACGCUGACGAGCCGCCACAGUUCUCACAGAAACGCUACCAUCUGAAUGUUUCGGAGAACUGUCCACCAGUCUGCGCCGUGGGACGAGUCCACGCCGUCGACCCGGACACUGGACAAAGCUCCCUCAUCAGAUUCUCCAUCGACCCUCAGUCCGACCCUCAGGCUCUCUUCCGUAUCUCCUCAGACGCGGGUUUCAUCAGCUCGGUGAUGGAGUUGGACCGUGAGCAGGAGCAGUGGCACAACAUCACUGUCAUGGCCACGCAGAGAGACAAUCCAAACCUGGUGUCUAGGGUCGUGGUUGCCAUAGAGACACUGGACCAGAAUGACAACGCUCCAGAGUUGGACAGGCAGUACUCGACAUCUGUGUGCGACUCCAGCGCUCCCGGUCAGGUGGUUCAGGUUCUGCGAGCCAUCGACAGGGACCAGGGAGGUCAGGACUCUCUGAUCCACUUCAGCGUCCCCCCAGAGUCCAGCUCUGGACUCAAUCUCACCAUCAGGGACACUGGAGCGACGUCAUCCGGCGCGACGGCUAACCUGGUGCUACAGUCAGCGCUGGAGCCUGUGCCCGGCUUCUCCUCGUCCUCGCUCACGCUCUUGGUGCCGGUCGUGCUCCGCGACGUCGCCUCGGGUCUGACCAACACCGGCACGGUCACCCUGACCGUUUGUCCGUGCGUGCGUGGCGGCAUGCGGACGGAGGACAGGGGGCGACAGAGGGACAGGAAGUGGGAGAGACACGCCGUGUGUCUGCCCGUGCCGUCUUCCACGCCCUCGGUCAUAUUCAGCCUGGUCACGUUGCUGGCCAUGCUGGCCUGCAUCACCACCCUGCUGGUGGUGUGCGCGCUCUCGCUGUCGCUGCGUCACCAGAAGCGAGACGCCCACUGCGCCUCGGAGGAGGACGACGUCCGGGAGAACAUCAUAUCCUACGACGACGAGGGGGGAGGGGAGGCGGACACCAGCGCCUUUGACAUCACGGCGCUGCAGAGCAUGCACAGGAUUCAGCACACCAACCACAGAAACAUAUGGUACACACAGCAGAAUCCUCACAGGGUCAGGACGUACAGCUGGAGCCGUAACCCUCAGCAGCGGCCAGGCUCCGCCCCUCUCUACGGACGCCUCUACUAUGGCGUCCACGCGCUGCCCGUCCUCGCAGACCUCGCGGCUGGGCCUCUGGAGGCCGGUGUGCAGUUAACGCAGCUGACCACCGGGGGGAUCAGUGGACCGGCUCACAUCGUCCAGUCCAUGCUGCGCUCGACUGGAGCCGAACACACAAACACACACACACUGACCCAGAGACAAGAAAACAGUGACUCAGCAAAUACAGCUGAGGUCAAAGAACGUCAGGAGGAGGUCAAGACUGAACCGGCGAACGGCGACAACGUCUCCGUGGCUCCGUCGUACGCUGACCAGAGCGAGUCGCUGUCGAACCGGCUCGAGCCACGGCCGGAGUCGUCGCAGACUCACAUCAGCACCAGCGCCACCAGCUGCACGCUGGACGACGUCGACACUGACUCCUCCUCCUUCUUCCCGUCUGUUUCAGAGAGAAGUUUUCCUCCCGUUUACCUGAGCAGAGACACGUACAGCGUCGUGGGCUCGCUCAAUCGCGGCAGAGGCUCAGGUGUGAACGGCGGGUUGUACCAGGCACCAUCGCAGCUACUGAGCAUGUGCAGACUACAGAAAAUGGACAACAAUGACAUGAGCAGAGGCUGGACGCCGCUGAGGGCGGGGCCUGCGGCAGCGACGACCUCUAACCCACCGCGGCCUCUCCACAUGGAAGACCUCCUAAAGAUCCGCCUGGAUCAGGUGACCUUUGACCUGUCCCAGCCGCCGUACGACUCGCUGCAGACGUACGAGUUUGAGGGCCGUGACUCGAGGGCGGAGUCUCUGAGCUCGCUGGAGAGCGAGCGAGAGAAGGACGAGGGGCGAGAGGAGGGAGAGGGGGGAGGGGGGGGAGACAUGGAUGAGCUGAACCAGAGGUUUCAGAGGCUGAUGGAGGUCGUACGAGAGCGGGAGAGGGGGAAGGCGGGCCAGGGAGGAGGGGCUAAACAGGCCACGCCCAGCGGGACUCAUACACAUAUGAAGGACAAAGACAAAGAAGUGCAGAGAUGGGAUUUUUAGACAGAACAGAAGAGAAAUGUGAAAUGUGCUGUGAGCGCCCCCUACUGCUGAG